CUGCCGCCAACAGCAUCACCGGUGAGCCAGGGUUCGACAUCGACGUACAGCAAGCAACACGACGCGAGCUUCAACUAGCUAGCUAGUUUCCGGCCACCAUAUACGAUCGACCAGGUGCCAUGUCGUCGCUGUCUUCGCCGCCGGCGAGCAGCACCGCGUCGCCGGAGACGGAGGGCGGUGGCAGGAAGUACAAGGGCGUGCGGCGGCGCAAGUGGGGCAAGUGGGUGUCGGAGAUCCGGCUGCCCAACAGCCGGGAGCGCAUCUGGCUGGGCUCCUACGACGCGCCCGAGAAGGCCGCGAGGGCCUUUGACGCCGCCUUCGUCUGCCUCCGCGGCCCCCACGCCGCCGGCGCUGACCUUAACUUCCCGGCCUCGCCGCCGCCGCCCUGCCGUCACAGCAUCGACCCGGAGGAGGUGCAGGCGGCCGCGCUGUCCCACGCCAACCGCAUCUCCGUCACGGCACGGGAGGCAGCCGCCGCGCUCUUGGACGACGACCACUGCUCGCCGGCGCCGGCCGCGCUGUCGAUGGACCAGUCCUUCACGCAGCACGGGCACGGUAUGGACAUUUUCGGCGGCGGCGAGAUGGUGGCACAGGACGGCAGCAUGGACUGGCGCACGGUCAUGGCGCACCAGCCGCCGAUCUUCUCGCCGACGGCCGGCUGGGGCAGCAAUGCCUACGACUUCCUGCAGGCGCCACCUCAGGUAGACGAUGACAUGCUGAUGGAGGAGAGUGACCAUGGCGCCAGCGCCUCUCUGUGGAGCUUUGACUCCAGAGACUCCUACUUCAGAUACUAGUCGACAUGCUGUCGCUGCUAUUCCAUCCGUGCAAAUUGCUUCAGGUGCAUUGCUACGAGUUUUAUAAGUGCAUUGCUAAGUUUUUAGGUUCGGAAAAAUAAGUGCAUUUGCUAAGUUUUGACACUAUUAGUUACAGUAUUUAGUUUGCAGCCGCUUUAUUCUUGUCUCAUUUGUAUCUCUCUCAAACGGAUCAGUAAAGCGUGAUGCUAAAAACUUGUAUGUAUGUGUCCUCAGAAAUACAAAUUUCUUUAGAAUUAUUUCAAGGGAUUUGCUAGUUCUCAGCUCAGAACUAAAUUAGUUCUCA